AUGGCAGCCAAGGUCAGUAACGCUGAUGCUGAAAUUCCUCUAGAAAGUCUAAUCAACAGUUAUACAAAAAUGCUAGAAACCUGGAUGCCCAAACCAAAAGGACCUGAAGAAUCCAAACCUGCCAACUGCAGAUACUGUUAUCAAAAUGAGACUGGGGCAUAUGACAAGGGUAAUUCUGUUGAUUCCCUUCAUAUUAGGCGUGGACAUGUUUUUUGUUGUAUUAUUUUUGCU